CCAUCCUGCCCGCGACUCCGCCCCCGCUGGAGGGGCUCGGCUCCAGAAUUCAAGAUGGAGUCGCUGAGCCGAGCUGGGCAGGAGAUGAGCCUUGCGGCCCUGAAGCAGCACGACCCCUACAUCACCAGCAUCGCAGACCUCACGGGCCAGGUCGCUCUGUACACCUUCUGCCCCAAGGCCAACCAGUGGGAGAAGACUGAUAUAGAAGGGACCUUAUUUGUAUAUCGAAGGUCAGCCUCACCUUACCAUGGUUUUACCAUUGUGAAUCGACUGAAUAUGCACAAUCUGGUUGAACCAGUGAAUAAAGAUUUGGAAUUUCAGCUCCAUGAACCAUUUCUUCUGUAUAGAAAUGCAAGCUUGUCGAUAUAUAGCAUCUGGUUUUACGAUAAGAAUGACUGUCACCGCAUAGCCAAACUCAUGGCCGAUGUGGUAGAAGAGGAGACACGGCGGUCCCAGCAAGCUGCUCGGGACAAACAGAGUCCUAGCCAGGCUAACGGCUGCAGUGACCACAGGCCCAUCGACAUUCUGGAGAUGCUAAGCAGAGCCAAGGAUGAAUAUGAGAGGAAUCAGAUGGGCGACUCCAAUAUCUCCAGCCCUGGGUUACAGCCAAGCACUCAGCUCUCCAAUCUGGGAAGCACCGAGACUCUAGAAGAGACGCCAUCUGGGUCACAAGAUAAGUCUGCUCCAUCUGGACACAAACACCUGACAGUGGAAGAAUUAUUUGGAACCUCUUUGCCAAAAGAACAGCCAAGUGUUGUGGGUCUGGAUUCAGAAGAAGUGGAGAAGCUGCCAGGAGAUGCCUCCCAGAAAGAGCCCAGCUCAUUCCUACCAUUUCCCUUUGAGCAGUCAGGAGGAGCCCCUCAGUCGGACAACCUGGGUGUCCAUCCUGCCUCCCACCACUCAGUCCAACCUGAAGUCCCCACCCCGGUGCUGAUCACUCCCGCCUCCAUCACACAGUCCAGUGAAAAACAGGCCCCCGUCUAUGCCGUCCCGUUGCGCCCUGUGCUCAGUCCGACUCUACCAGCAGAAGCUCCUACGGCACAGGUUCCCCCCAGCUUACCCCGAAACACCACCAUGAUACAGGCGGUGAAGACCACACCGAGACAGAGGUCUCCACUCCUGAGCCAGCCAGUCCCUGAGCUGAGCCACGCCAAUCUGACUGCCACCCAGAGCCCCUUCAGGGCCCCACUGAGUGUGACAAACACAGCUGGUACCUCGCUCCCAAGUGUUGAUCUUCUCCAGAAACUCAGGUUGACCCCACAGCAUGACCAAAUACAGACGCAGUCACUUGGGAAAAGUGCCAUGACAUCCGGCUUUUGUUCAGCAGCCGGCCAGCUGGCCACACCUGAGAGCUUCAUAGAGCCUCCCCCUAAGACUGCAGCCGCGCGAGCCUCAGCAUCCCUCAGCAACAUGGUGCUUGCUCCCCUUCAGUCUAUGCAGCAAAACCAGGAUCCUGAAGUCUUUGUCCAGCCUAAGGUGUUACCCAGUGCCAUCCCGGUCGCAGGCCCCACGCUGGUCACUGCAACAACCAUGGCAGUGUCCUCAGUCCUGCUGUCGCCAAGUGUUUUCCAGCAGACAGUUACAAGGUCCGCAGACCUUGAGAGGAAAACAGGCGCCCCCUCUCCCCUGACUGUUGGAACAUCAGAAAAUCAGAGAAAGCCUUCCAUUAUUCUCAGCAAGUCUCAGCUCCAGGAUACAUUAAUACAUCUAAUAAAGAAUGAUUCCAGCUUCCUCAGUACACUUCACGAAGUCUACUUGCAGGUUCUGACCAAGAACAAAGACAACCACAACUUAUGA